AUGAGCGGCAAAGAUCUCAUCGGCUUGCCGGACGAAAAUGAGAAGCCUAGUAAAGGAUUGUUCGGUGAGCAAAACAAAAACAGAAACCUCACAUUGAAGCGUUUGGUGUAUCGAAGGGGGCCGUAUGUAUCUGAGCCGCAACCAUUCAGCGGGCAAGGCUAUUGUUUGGGUGAAGAGGUACCUUCGGCUGCUGGUGCUGGAAACGCAGCUAGUACGGCGCCGGCGCAACAAAUGAACGACAUCGCAAGUGCAGGUGAGUUUCUCUAA